AUGGUGAAACGAGUGAUUCUAAGGAAAAGAUGCCCAUAUCACACCAAGUCUCAUAAGAUCAGACAAGUCAAAACCCCAGGAGGACGCUUACUCGUUCAUUAUGUCAAAAAAAUUGCAAAAGGGCCACACUGCAAAGAGACUGGAGAGAGAUUGGCAGGCAUUCCAGCUCUAAGGCCAAAAGAGUAUUCAAGAAUCAACAAAAAGGAUCGAACUGUUUCAAGAGCUUAUGGAGGAGUUCUUUCUCACAAAACAGUUAAAGAGAGAAUUAUCAGAGCUUUCCUUACAGAAGAGGUAAAAGUAAUUAAAAAGAAGAUGCAGCAGCAAAAGAAGGCUAAGUAA